AGCAGGUUGGAGGUGUAAAGAGAGAACGAACCAUCAGGAAGAAGACUUGGGGACUUGGUUCGAAGUCCACGCCCGCCCAUCCUCGCCGUCGCUGCCGCCGCCGGCGAGCCGCCGGAAUCCAGAUCCAGAGAGAGAGAGCCGCCGCAUCCGGUCGACAUGGAGAUCGCGGUGGGCGCCCUGUCCGGCAUGGUGGACGCUCUGCCGGCCAAGCUCGGCGACCUGCUGCAGCAGGAGUACACGCUGCUGUCCGGCGCCCGCGGGGACGUCGGCUUCCUCCAGUCCGAGCUCGGCACCAUGAACGCCGCCCUCCUCCGGUGCGAGUCCCUCGAGAGCUCCGACGUCCAGACCCGGGCCUGGGUCGCCCAGGUCCGCGACCUCGCCUACGACAUCGAGGACUGGAUCGACCUCUUCGCCCACCGCGUCGACGGCGGCGCCGCCGCCUCUCCGGGCGCUGCGGCCGCCACCUCCUCCUCCUCCUCCUCCGGCGGGUUCCUCUCCUGGGUGCGCUGCUGCGUCAACAAGGUCACGACGCUCCCCGCCCGCCACGUCAUCGCUACCGAGCUGCAGGAGCUCAAGAACCGGGUCAUCGAGCUGAGCGAGCAGCGGAAGCGCUACAGGUUCGAUCCGCCGGCGCGUCACGCCGGCGGCCGGAGCGGCGUGGCGGCCGUUGACCCCAGGCUGGUUGCGCUCUAUGCUGACACUAGUUCCCUCGUCGGCCUGGAUGCGCCGGUGAAGAAGGUGUCCGAGAUGGUGGUGGACGACGGCACGACUGGGCUCAAGGUGGUUUCCAUCUCCGGGAUGCCGGGCGCCGGGAAGACGACGCUUGCCACGGCGGUGCUCCGGCGACUCAAGGAGGAGAACAAGUUCCAUUGCAGCGCUUUCGUCUCCGUCGGUCAGAAGCCGGACAUUGUAGGUAAGACACUGAAGGGCAUCCUCUCCCAGAUCGGCAAUGGGUAUGCAGGAGGCGAAGAUAUUGGCCGAUUGAUCGGAAUGCUGAGAGAUGAAUUGAAGGAUAAGAGGUACCUCAUUGUCAUUGAUGAUUUAUGGGGUAGAACAGAAUGGUCAACACUCAAGUGUUGUUUCCGAGAUGAUAAUCUUGGCAGUAGGAUAAUGGUCACAACCAGAAAUGAUGAGUUGGCAAAGGAAUGUUCUUCCAAUUCGGAUGAAUCAGUUUACAAAACUGGUCUCCUUAGUGACGCGGACUCCAAAGAUUUAUUUUCCAACAAAGCUUUUGGGAAAGGGAAGGAUUGUCCUAACCAUUUGAAGGAUCUCUAUGAUAUAAUCGUGGAAAGAUGUGGGGGCUUGCCGCUUGCUAUAUCUAGCGUAGCUGGCGCACUAGCACAUCGUUUUUCAAAAGAUGAAUGGGAGAGGUAUGAAUCUAACUUGCUACCUAGUUCACAUUCCGAUGAGCUGAACUUGAAGCAAAUACUUAAUCUGAGUUACAACGAUCUACCUUCACAUCUCAAGUCAUGUAUGUUGUAUCUAAGCAUAUUCCCAAAUAAAUAUGAAAUUGAUGUGGAGCGCUUGGUGAGGCGAUGGAUUGCUGAAGGAUUCAUCGCUGAUGCACGCCAUGCAAGCAAAGAGGAGACAGCAAGAAGUUACCUUACUGAUCUCAUUAGCAGAAACCUGAUCCAGGCAUUGCAUCUGAGACAUAAUGGCACCCCAAGCUGCUACACACUUCACCCAGUAAUACAUGAUUUCAUUGUGGUCAAGUCCAUGGAAGAGAACUUUGUCACUGUUCUAGAUGCUAAGAAAGAAGCUCUCUCCACCAACAAUGGCACAGUCCGGCGACUCUCUCUUCAAAACAGUGUCAAACAGGAUCUUGCUGGUGCACGAAAUGAUAUGAUCAAGCAUGCUCGCUCAGUGACUGUCUUUGGUCAUGCCAAUGGGGUGCCUCGCCUGAAUGAUAUGAGCGUAUUACGUGUUCUGGAUCUGGAAGGCUGCAAUGGUCCAUUAUGCCUCGAUGGCCUCUGCAAAUUGAUUCUUUUGAGGUACCUGAACCUCAGGGGAACUGAUGUCAGCGAGCUCCCAGCACAAAUUGGGGAGCUUAGGUGCCUGGAGACACUUGAUGUGAGAUCUACGAAGGUGAAAGAGCUACCUGCCAGCAUUGUCAGCUUGGAAAAGCUAAUGCAUUUGCUUGCUGGAAAUGCUAAGUUGCCUGGCGAGAUCAGUAAGAUGAACGGCCUACUAACGUUGUCAUGCGCCAACGUCUGGAAGAACACAGGGAGUGUCUUGCCAGAACUUGCUGAUCUUGCAAACUUGAGGGAAUUGGAACUGUUUUGUGAUGCUUCUGAAAUCUCUGGUGAUAAUAAGACACGAGUCUCUUUUUCUAGCGACGGAUUCAAAAGGCUUAAGCAGCUGAGCAUCCAGGGCAGCUUGCCAUCAGUGGCCUUUGUUAACAGUUCCUUGCGAAAGGUUGAAGUUCUUGAGCUGAAGUACGAAAAAGGCAUUUCAGAUGGGUCAAAUGGUGUGUCUGGUAUAGAGCAUUUGCCUAGCCUGAAGCAUGUAUUGAUUGAGUUCUCGCAGAAGGAUGCUGGCGCCACUGCGACAAUCGCUUCUGUGAGGAACGCCGCUGAGAUGGUUCACCCUAAUCAUCCAGAUGUCUCUGUCAAAGUUGAUGGAAAGGCCAUCUGAUACGGUCUGGAGUUUGUUUCAGAGCAAGAGGGAUAUAGUACACACUUGCACGGUACUUUCUGCCGGAUUUCUUUGUUGUGUUGAAUUGAGUUUUGAGUUAAUGCCAUUCUUUGUCACUCUGCUUAUAUAUGUAUGACCAUGUCGUCGUUUUCUCAAAAGUACUUUGUUGCAGCAGCAACAGCAUCAACUGCUUGCCCUAUAGGGAUGUUUUGUUGAAGAAGUUAUAUACUGAUGUUUUUACAGUGAAAUAUCAAUUCAGAAUAACUAAAAGGGUAACCCGCUCAAAUGUAUGGGCAUGUAUGUUAGGCUACAUUUGGGAAACUUUAUAAGGAUUAGAUAUCAUCCGGAUUAUUCA